AUGGACGUGUCCCCCGACUGCACGCAGCAGGGCGGGGGGCUGGUGCUGGUCCGCCGGCGGCCCCCAGUGCCCCCGGGCCUGCGCGAGAUGCUUAAAGCCAGGCUGUGGCGGGGCUGCACCUGCAGCACGCGCGGGGCCUGGGCGCUGGCGCAGGACCUGCUCCCCGCCACGCGCUGGCUGCGCCACUACCGCCCGCGGGAGGCCCUGGCGGGCGACGUCAUGUCCGGGCUGGUCAUCGGCAUCAUCCUGGUGCCGCAGGCCAUCGCCUACUCGCUCCUGGCAGGGCUGCAGCCCAUCUACAGUCUGUACACGUCCUUCUUCGCGAACCUCAUCUACUUUCUCAUGGGCACCUCGCGCCACGUGUCCAUGGGAAUCUUCAGCCUGCUCUGCCUCAUGGUGGGCCAGGUGGUGGAACGCGAGCUGCUGCUGGCUGGCUUUGACCCUGCCCGGGACGGCCCGGGGUCCGGGGACAACGGCACCACCCUCAACGCCUCGGCCACACUGGUGCUCGGGCCACGGGACUGCGGGCAGGACUGCUACGCCGUCCGUGUCGCCACCGCCCUCACGCUGGUGGCUGGGAUUUACCAGGUACCCUGGCACAGAAAACACUUCCAGGAACCCUGGCAAUUAACCAAAAGGAGUGAAUCACACGGACUUUUGGAGCGGGAUUAAACGUUCCGCUGAUUUAACAGGAAAUGCUGACAUCAAGAUAACGUAGAACCCUAAUAGCCAGUGGGACGAGGACAUGAUGGAAGGCGGUUCAUCGGAUCCGUAAGGGCUUUUGAGAUUAGUCACAACACAAGAAAGUGCACUGUCCCAAGACUUUCCAGCUUGUAAAUGAAACUUGUCAAAGUUCUCUCCAAAUUUGUGGUCGUAACAAUGGAUAUGAGCUGCGGGUAAUGAGUUGUCAAGUGAGGACUUUUGUAAAAGAGAAGUCAUCAUUUUGUUUUCAAUCUGCUGCGUUAGAGACACUGAGUUCUCCUUCUCUUUCGUCCUCGGAAAGUAAUAUCUCAAAGUUUUAUGAGACAAUAGAAGCACGUGGGGGGCUCCGUCAGUCGAGCAUCUGACUUCGGCUCAGGUCACGAUCUCACAGUUGUGAGUUCGAGCCUCUCAUCAGGCUUACCGCGGUCAGUACGGAGCCCGCUUCAGAUCCUCUGCCCGACCCCCCGGCCCCUCCCCUGCUCGUGCUCUCUCUCUCAGAAAUAAAAAAUAAACAUAAAAAAAGGAAGAGACAAUAAAAAAUGUAGAUGAUAAAUGUAUCAUAGUGGA